AUGGCGUCCUCGCAGCCAGAGCCCUCGCAGCAGCAGCGCCAGCAGAUGACAGAUGAUUACCACAAAUUCCUGUACGCGGCGUCGCUCACUACCUGCGUCCUGGCCCCUGUCAUCAUCUCCCUCCCGCCGCGGAAACUCGACCUGUACACUUUUUCAUUAGCCAGUGCCUUCAUCGUGUCGGCCAACUACCAGCUCAAAGAACGGACGGGGCGAGGGUUCAUCGCCCGCAUCCCCAAUCCUACGGGCAUGCCGCAGCGCGCCGAGGAGCUGCGGCGCAAGCAACAGGAAGCUCGUGCGCUGGAAGAAUCGGCGGUGCUCGCGGCGCAGAAGAAAGGGUCGCUAUUGGAAGAGAAGGCCAAGGAGCUGUGGAUGGGCGGCGAGACGGACGGAUGGAAGGAACGCCGGCUGCGGGAAGAGCAGGAGAAGCUCGAGAACGGCGAGGGCUACGGCUCGAUGAUCAUGGACCAGAUCUGGGAAGUGUGGAAUUGGGGAGAGAAGAAGGCAGAGCAGCUCGAGAAGGAAGACGAGAAGGUCGUGGAGAAGAAACCCCGUUGA